ACGACUGAAGAAGAAGAAGCUGAGCGGCAUCCUGCGAGCAUGAAGAAGAGCAAGCACGGAGGACAGGGGCCACAGGACUCGGGACAUCCAGCCCCCCAGCAGCCAGAGAAGGUGGGCUGGAUCAGGAAGUUCUGCGGACGAGGGAUCUUCAGGGAGCUGUGGAGGACUCGCUACGUGGUACUCAGAGGAGACCACCUGUUCAUCUCUGACAAGGAGGUUAAGGACGAGCGCAAGGCGCAGGAAGUUUUUGACUUGGCCGACUACGAGCGUUCGGAGGAGCUGAGGAAAGCAAAGAGUCGCAGCAAGAAGAACCACAGCCGCUUCACUCUGCUUCGCUGCAGGCAGCCCGGAAACACGGUUCCCAACCUGGUCUUCCUGGCCGUGAGUCCAGAGGAGAAAGAGUCAUGGGUCCACGCGCUCAACGUGGCCAUCGUCAGAGCCAAGAACCGCGUCCUAGACCAGGUGACCAUGGAGGAUGUGUUGGUCCAUCCCACCAGAGACAGAGCCAAGAUACCGCAAGGACGUCGGCUGCCAACGCGAGGACACCUCAUGGCUGUGGCGUCCACGUCCUGCCACGGCCUGGUGACCCUUGACCUGGUGGCCGAAGAGGAGGGCUUCUCCUCGGAAUGUGACUCGUGGGACAACGGCUUCCGUGUGGGCUCCAGCAACCAGGUGGCGGCGUAUCAGGUGGUCGGAGGGCGUCAGCGUUCGGGUACAGACGUUUCCAAGUUACGGGUCAAAACCAAGGAGCCCAAGGUGAAGACUGGAAGUCUGCCCAGAGGAAGUGAGCGAUCCUGGGGAAAAUAUUCCCACCUGGAAGCCUCCAAGGUGCACAAGAGCCAGCAGCUGCAGGUUCUCCAGAAUCAGUCCAGAACCCCUCAGCCCGGUAAAAAGUCCAUCGUGCAGGGGCGGAGUCGCUGCGCCUCGAUGGAUGAAGUCCUCUCUUCCAGACCGGCGAUGAUCCGCUCCGAGUUGCGCUCGGUUCUUCGCCGGUGUCCAACCGAAGAGGAGGGCGGGGCUUCUGUGCAACCGGUGGGUCAACUGCAGAGCCUCAUCGCUCAGAGGAUGCAGCGGGCUCAAGAGCUGCUGGAGGAGAUGAGAUUACAGGAGCUGCAAAAGGCCAAAGUCGAGCGCGAGCGAGGAGGUAGCUGGUCGUUGGUAAAAAGUGUGGAGUCCCCUCGUCUUCAUCACCUCAGGGGUGCAGACUCGCCUCAUUCCAGCAGGUCGUCGGGGUCGCCGCGGAGCAGGAGCAGCGAUUCACCCCGACUCAGAGGGAGGGAGUGUCGGCGGUCCAAAGGCAGGAAGAACAGAUGCAAGGGAGCUGACUCGUCUCGCUCUAGAGGGUCCAGCUCGCCCGCUAAAGCCAUUGAGUCUCCUUGCCGGAAGACUUCCCCCAAACCUAAAGAAAGCCCCAACAUGGAUGAGGCACCCAAGCUUCUGGAGUCUCCCCCAUGCGUCCCAAGCCCAGGGACCAUCGCAGCUGAUUGGCCAGCCGAGUCGUCCUCACUCCACAGCGGCGAUGAGUCGUCCUGUGCUAGUCAGCCAAACUCAGAGAGCACGUCUGAAUUCCGGGACAUGAGUCGACGCCUGUCCCCGCCGCCCUCCCUUCUGAAGGAGGAGGGGCUAGAGAGAAGGCGCGCUGAGGCGGAGCGCCUCCUAGUGGAGGCCAUGUCGUCCUGGCAGGAGGCGCAAGAGGUGCUGCAGGAGGUGAAGGAGCUGCAGAGCCAGACGCUGCGACGCCAGCGCAGGAAGACCUACCAGAAGAUGAACUCCAUGCCCACGUCGCCCGAGGUCACCCGCGCGACCACAGUGGAAGCCAACGUAGCAACGCCGAACACGUCGCCCGAGGACGAGUCUCCCUAAUCCCGACUUGAACAUUUCACUGUUUGAGCACUGUGACGCUCAGCGCGGCUUUGAAGGCUGCAGAAGCACAACUGCACUUGUCUUUCUAGCAAUUUCUAAACGUUUUUUCCAAUUUUCUACUUGACUCAACAGGGAAGACAGGAAACGAUGUCCUCCAAUCGUCCACAUGUUAGGACCAUCAGGGAGAUAAGCAAUAACAGCAACAUGUCUUCGUCAGUGUCAUUCAUUGGCUGUGUCUCAAAUGGAACACUUCCGCCUGUACACUUCAAUAAGUAUGUACUUACUUCCUCAGGGCGCACAUUUUGACAGUGUAGUGCUGUUCCAAAUCCAUCACUUCCAUUGCACACUUAAUGGAAAUAGUGAUUGCAAUACUUACCUGCUACUUCUCUCCUUUUCAAUUGUGAAUUGCAACCACUGGAGUUAGUCCCUCCCCUUCUGCUAUGUAGUCAAGACUAGUGAGUCUAUUGAGUGCAGCAUCCGGCGGGUACUCACCAUGCACUGCAUUUUGCUGUACCUCAGUGUGAACGCACUUAUACACUUAAAAAAACUAGGGCUGUGUUCAAAAUCAUGCACUUACACACCUACUAGCAGACCAAAAUAUGUAUACUGUGUACUGACGGUGUAGUGCUGUCCCAAAGCGAUUACUCUUGUUGCGUACUUAGCAAAAAUGACGAUCGCAGUAUUUACCGCCUUCUCUCCUUUUUAAUGGUGGAUUGCAACACUCUUGUUAGUACCUGCCAGUCUGCGACACAGUAACUAUUGAUGAGUGUCCAGCACUGUGCACUUAAGACUGUUUUGAGUGCUCUAUCCGGGCACUGACAGUGCCAAACAGUGCAUUUUGCCAAAACACAUUUUUGCACUUGAUAAAAUGAAAUACUUCAAUCACCGCUCACUCACCAUUUUGAGCGCAACAUCCAGGUACUGACAGUGCACUGCAUUUUUCCGUACUGUACGGAAGUGCGCCAAUUGAGGCAGCCAUUGUUUUGUUUACUACCUUCCUUCUUCUAAGGAUCGAUGAUGUCACCAAAGACGUGCGAAGUUUCAUCCCCAAAUUUCAAAACUUGAAUCGUGACUCUCCUGCCGAGCAACACAACAAUGCAACCAUCGUCAGUGACACGUCUUUAUGCAAAUACAAAACAAUCAAAUAUCCAAUAAAAAGCAUUCAGACUAUUAAUGAUAUGCGGACGCCUUGGCUGAGGUCUUCUUCUCUUUCCUGUGCAUCUUUUUCACCAACAACCAAAGCACACAACUUGUUAAAAAUAUGGGAUGUUACGAGGUAUUAGCACUGAUUUCUGAUGUCAGCACCAUUUCCUGUUCCUCGGUUGUGCAUGUGUGUGCAUGUGUGUGUGUGUGUGCGUGUGUGUGCGUGUGUGUGCGUGUGUGUGUGUGUGUGUGCGUGUGUGUGUGUAACAUGAAAAAAAUAUCUUUGGUCUUUUUCUGUGAACAAUAUGGCUGCACGUGACUUCCUGUUUGGACGACAUGCACAAUAAAUAACUCGCCAAACUGAA